AUGAAGAAAAGCAGCCAGAGCAGGCGGGGCGUCCAGGACUCGGGUCCGCCGGCGGUCCAGCAGCCGGAGAAGGUGGGUUGGAUCCGGAAGUUCUGCGGUCGAGGGAUUUUCAGAGAGCUGUGGAGGAGCCGGUACGUGGUGCUGAGAGGAGACCACCUGUACAUCUCCGACAAAGAGGUGAAGGACGAGCGUAAAGCCCAGGAGGUGUUCGAUCUCGCUGAUUACGAACGUUCAGAGGAGCUCAGGAAGGCAAAGAGUCGCAGCAAGAAGAACCACAGUCGCUUCACCGUGCUGCGCUGCAGACAGCCGGGAAACACCGUUCCCAACCUCGUGUUCCUGGCGGUGAGUCCCGAGGAAAAGGAGUCAUGGGUCAACGCCCUCAAUGUGGCCAUCAUCAAGGCCAAGAACAGAGUGUUAGAUGAGGUGACCAUUGAGGAGGACAGCACGCUGGUUCAUCCCACCAGAGACCGAGCUAAGAUCCCUCACGGCCGCCGGCUGCCGACCAGAGGACACCUGAUGGCCGUGGCGUCCACCUCCUCUCACGGCAUGCUGACCCUCGACCUGGUGGCCGAGGAGGACGGCUUCUGCCCCGACUACGACGCCGACUCGCAGGAGUCCUGGGAGAACAGCUUCCGGGUCGACCUGCAGACGGACGCCGGGUGUCGGGGGGUCGGAGGCCGACAGCGAGCCGGGACCGACGUGUCGAAGCUCAGGGUGACCUCCAAGGAGCCCAAGGUGAAGACGGGCAGUCUGCCCCGGGGGAGCGAGCGAUCCUGGGGGAAGCAGUCCCAUCUGGAGGCCUCCAAGGUCCACAAGACGCAGCAGGUGCAGGUCCUCCAGGCUCAAUCUCGGACGCCGCAGCCGGGGAAGAGGUUCAGCAUGCAGGGUCGCAGCCGCUGCGCCUCCAUGGAUGAAGUUCUCUCCUCCAGGCCGGUGUUGAUCCGGUCGGAGUUGCGCUCGGCUCUGAAGCGCUGUCCGACCGAGGAGGAGGCGGGAGGCGGAGCUUCGUCCCAGCCGGUCGGUCAGCUGCAGAGCCUCAUCGCCCAGAGGAUGCAGAGAGCUCAGGAGCUGCUGGAGGAGAUGAGGCUGCAGGAGCUGCAGAAGGCCAAAGCAGAGAGGGAGCGAGGAGGCAGCUCACCGUACCUGAAGGGCAUCGACUCCCCUCGACUCCAUCACCUCAGGGGCUCCGACUCUCCUCACUCCAGCAGGUCUUCAGGAUCUUCGAGGAGCAGAAGCAGCGACUCCCCUCGACUCCGAGGUAAAGACUCUCCUCGCCUCAGAGGUCGAGAGUCUCCUCGGUCCAAAGCCAAGAAGAAUCGCUCCAAAGGGACCGACUCUCCUCGCUCCAAAGGAUCUCAUUCUCCCGCCGCUAAAGGCAGCGACUCUCCUCGACUGAAGGAUUCGCCUCGACUGGCCGACUCUCCUCGAUCCAAGAGUUCAGACGCUCCCAAACUGAAGGCGUCGUCCAGCGUCUCCUCCAACAAGCUGGAAGACUCUCCGGUGCAGAAGUCGCCCGAGUCUCCGCCGUCCGUCAGAGGCGCCGACUCCCCUCAGGUCAAAGGAUCCGAUUCACCGCGAGGCAGCGAAGCCGACUCCCCUCGUCCAGGCAGCAGGAAGGAGUCUCCCUGUCAGAGCCAGAACUCCACGAGUCCGUCCGGAUCCUUCGAGUCCUCGCAACCCAAAACCCCCGACAAACACCGCCUGUCCCCGCCGCUACCCACCACCCAGCUGUCAGAGGAGGACGAGGAGGUGGAGAGGACGCGAGCCGAGGCCGAGCGCCUGCUGGAGGAGGCCGUGUCAUCCUGGAAGGAGGCGCAGGAGGUGCUGCAGGAGGUGAAGGAGCUGCAGAGUCAGACGCUGCGGCGACAGCGAAGGCGAACCUACGAGAAGAUGACGUCGUCUGCUGCAGCGGCCGGACUGCCAGCUGCGACCUCGGCAGCGGAGGAGGACGACACGCCCACCUCGCCGACAUCACCGGAGGAUGACGACGAAUCAGAGACGCCUUGA